CGCCAUCUCUAAGGUUCCCGCGGCGGGCUGGGCGCAGAUCGUGGCCUACGGCGCGUUCUGCGAGCUGUCCCAGGACCAGUCCGCUGGCACUGCGGCCGCGGCGGGCGACUUCGGCUUCAAGGUGCUGACAUCCAGCGACCCUGCGGAGAAGCAGAAGAAGCUUGCAGCUGAGAUCGCCAACGGUCGUCUGGCGAUGAUGGCCAUCAUCGGCAUGUUUUUCCAGGACGGCCUGACGGGCUCUGCCUGGGGCGACUGGGCGCUCUACACGGGCUCCCCGCUGCGCGCGUUCGAGUCGGAGCUGGGAGUUCAGGACCCGGUGGGCUUCUGGGACCCCGCCGGGUUCACGGCGGAUGGCAGCACGGAGAAUUUCGCCCGCCGGCGCCAGACUGAGCUGAAGCACGGCCGUGUGAGCAUGCUGGCCACUAUGGGCUACAUCACUCCGGAGAUCACUGGCAAGCUGCCCGGCUACCUGUCGCCGUCCGCGGGGAUCAAGUUCGCGGACGUCCCGAACGGCCUCGGCGCCAUCUCUAAAGUUCCCGCGGCGGGCUGGGCGCAGAUCGUGGCCUAUGGUGCGUUCUGCGAGCUGUCCCAGGACCAGUCCGCUGGCACUGCGGCCGCGGCGGGCGACUUCGGCUUCAAGGUGCUGACAUCCAGCGACCCUGCGGAGAAGCAGAAGAAGCUUGCAGCUGAGAUCGCCAACGGUCGUCUGGCGAUGAUGGCCAUCAUCGGCAUGUUUUUCCAGGACGGCCUGACGGGCUCUGCCUGGGGCGACUGGGCGCUCUACACGGGCUCCCCGCUGCGCGCGUUCGAGUCGGAGCUGGGAGUUCAGGACCCGGUGGGCUUCUGGGACCCCGCCGGGUUCACGGCGGAUGGCAGCACGGAGAAUUUCGCCCGCCGGCGCCAGACUGAGCUGAAGCACGGCCGUGUGAGCAUGCUGGCCACUAUGGGCUACAUCACUCCAGAGAUCACUGGCAAGCUGCCCGGCUACCUGUCGCCGUCCGCGGGGAUCAAGUUCGCGGACGUCCCGAACGGUCUCGGCGCCAUCUCUAAAGUUCCCGCGGCGGGCUGGGCGCAGAUCGUGGCCUAUGGUGCGUUCUGCGAGCUGUCCCAGGACCAGUCCGCUGGCACUGCGGCCGCGGCGGGCGACUUCGGCUUCAAGGUGCUGACAUCCAGCGACCCUGCGGAGAAGCAGAAGAAGCUUGCAGCUGAGAUCGCCAACGGUCGUCUGGCGAUGAUGGCGAUCAUCGGCAUGUUUUUCCAGGACGGCCUGACGGGCUCUGCCUGGGGCGACUGGGCGCUCUACACGGGCUCCCCGCUGCGCGCGUUCGAGAACGAGCUCGGAGUGCAACCUCCGGCGGGCUUCUGGGACCCUGCUGGCUUCACCGCCGACGGAAGCGCGGAGGAUUUUGCUCGGAGGCGCGCCACUGAGAUCAAGCAUGGCCGGAUCGCCAUGCUGGCGGCCAUGGGCUACAUCACCCCGGAGCUGAUUGGGCCUUUCCCUGGCUUCCUGUCCCCGUCGCUGGGCCUGAAGUACGCGGACGUGCCGAACGGUCUCGGCGCGCUUUCCAAGGUGCCGCUCGGGGGCUGGGGCCAGAUCUUCUUGUACUGCGCGUACGUGGAGAUCAGCCAGGACCAGACGAUUCCCGGGUCCCCCGCUUCGCGUGGGGAGUUCGGCUUCAAGCUGCUGACGUCCAGCGACCCUGCGGAGAAGCAGAAGAAGCUUGCAGCUGAGAUCGCCAACGGUCGUCUGGCGAUGAUGGCGAUCAUCGGCAUGUUUUUCCAGGAUGGUCUCACGGGCUCGGCGUGGGGUGACUGGUCUCUGUACACUAGCUCCCCGCUGCGCGCGUUCGAGAACGAGCUCGGAGUGCAACCGCCGACGGGAUUCUGGGACCCCGCGGGCUUCACGAAGGAUGGCGAUGCGGAUGCUUUCAAGCGCCGCCGUUGCGUCGAGAUCAGGCAUGGCCGCAUUUGUAUGUUGGCCACGAUGGGCUACAUCACGCCAGAGAUUACCGGCAAAUUCCCAGGAUACCUGUCCUUGGAUGAGAAGAUCCUCUUCGAGGAUGUCCCUAAUGGCCUUGCAGCACUCUCCAAGAUUCCUGUCGGUGGAUAUCUUCAGAUCCUUGCGUACUGUGGCUAUUGUGAAUUCACGGGCACGGGUGUGAAAGGUGGUAUCUUUUUCGAAGGUAGCGCUGGUGGGUUGAAAGGCGAGCUGGAGCCAGGUAACCUUGGUUGGAAGCCUCCUCUGCUCACCAGCCCAGACCCCGAGAUCCGUAAGCGCAGGCUGAACGCGGAGAUUGCAAACGGCCGCCUGUCCAUGGUGGCCAUCAUCGGAAUGUUUUUCCAGGAUCAGGGGAGACGGUCUGACUGGAUCUGCUUGGGGCGACUGGGCUAAUUACACAGAUUCUCCGCUGCGCGCUUUCGAGAGCGAGCUCGGCGUGCAAGACCCAGUUGGCUUCUGGGACCCAGCGGGCUUCACCGCCGACGGGAGCACGGAGAACUUUGCUCGCAGGCGGCAGACGGAGCUGAAGCACGGUCGCGUGUCCAUGCUGGCGACGAUGGGGUACAUCACUCCAGAGAUCACCGGCAAGCUGCCGGGGUACUUGUCGCCGUCCGCGGGCCUGAAAUUCGCGGACGUUCCGAACGGCCUCGGCGCCAUCUCCAAGGUUCCCGCAGCGGGCUGGGCGCAGAUCGUGGCGUACGGCGCGUUCUGCGAGCUGUCCCAGGACCAGUCCGCUGGCACCGCCGCCGCAGCGGGUGACUUCGGCUUCAAAGUGCUGACGUCCAGCGACCCUGCAGAGAAGCAGAAGAAGUUGGCGGCUGAAAUCGCCAACGGCCGCUUGGCGAUGAUGGCGAUCAUCGGCAUGUUCUUCCAGGACGGCCUGACCGGCUCCGCGUGGGGCGACUGGGCCCUGUACACCGGAUCCCCGUUGCGCGCCUUCGAGAGCGAGAUCGG